AUGAUGAGAUUCCUACAAUGUUCGAUUGUAGAAAAGUAUAGAUUUUGUGUUUUUACCGGUUACAGGUUCUUGUCGAACUCAACUCAGAAAUCAGUGACGGAUUCCACAUCUGGUUCUAACCUAACCAAUUUGAACAUAAAAGAUCCAUUGAAGGUUAAAAAAGCUAAAAAUGUUGUUAAGUCUAAAAAAGAUUCUGUGCCUGAGGACUUUUUUAAACCUGUAGAAUUAUCGGAGUCUCAGGAGAAGUCGGUGGUACUUAGGAAGCCGAUUCCCAAGAACUUUAUAAAGGAAACUUUGCUCCCUCACCUGGAACAUAACGUGGCGUACAACUGUAUGAAGUUCCCGCCAGAUGUUGUGCUUCAAAUAGGAAUCGCGUACUCAAAAUUGCCUCAUUUCAUCAGACAAAGAAGUAUUGAGGACGCGUUGGUUGAGGCUUUUAGGUUCAGAAUGACAGACUACUCUGCAUCAGACUGUAUACAGCUCUUGAACACAUGUUUAACACUUCAGGGAUUAAGAUGUUUGACAGUAUAUGACGAUAUAGUUUCAAGGCUUGAGGUUCCACAUAUAUUUAACAGUAUAAACUCGCUUAACAGACUUGGGAUUUGCAGUAACAUUUCAAGGAUCUUAAAACACUCACAAAUGAUCACAGACCCUGACCAUACAAAUUCUGAAAACACUGGAAAUAAUACAAAUUCAAACACCGAAUCGAGUGAAAACUCUGUAGAAAAAUCUGUAAAUGUGAGUGACCGGAAUUUUGUAAAAAUUAAUAUGUACAAUGACAAGUAUAAUGUAUCAUUAAUAAGGCCAUGGAGUUAUAUCGUAAAAGGAUAUCGUGAUAAGAAGAUCGCAAGUUUGGUUGAGAGACUUUUAAGUUUUUGCGAAGAAAGGAUUCUUCCACAGUUGGAGUAUGAUCUUAAGUCUUUUGAUUCUGACGAACUGACCGAUCUUUUGGGUGUUUUGGCUCAAAAAAGUGAACGUGACGGAGCCACCCUGGACUUUCCAGUAAUCUCCAUUUUAAUGGGUAACAUCAUUAGGCUAUACCCUACCACGUCACUACUAAACAGCCUUAGUAACCUUUCAAGCCUGUGUAGACUGAAAAUAAGGCAUGAUAAGUUUUUAUCUUUGGUUUUGGAAGAUCUUAGAAACCCGCUCAAGGUCACUAACAUCUACCACAAACACCUUAGCAGGUGCGUAUGGUCACUUGCUAGAUUUGACCUUCUGAACGAUAUUUUACCAGACUUGAUGCCUCAUAUUUCAAGAAAUGUGCCUAAAUUUGAGCCUAGCUGUUUUGCUAGGCUUUCUCAGGUCUCCAGGUUCUACACCUUCAAAGAUGAAAAGACUCACAAGGAUUUUGAUAACCAACUUCUUAAGGUUACAUUAUUUCUUCUGACUAAAAUUGAUACUUUUGGUCCUAAGGAGUUGACUUUUUUCAUCACAGGACUCUUCUGUAUGCGCCUUCUCCCAGAUGAGCAGGCCUUUACCACUAGGACUCCAACAGAGAUAAAGCCAAAGUUUGAGAAGGACGAAAGAUAUUUGACAAAGUCAAACAAGUCUUCCAACACGUUAUUUGUUCUUUCGAAGGUGUUGGAGUCUCUCAGGAGGUUAGAUUCAGAGUUUGACCUACUUGAGAUUGAGAGACUCAUCUCGACUACUCGCUCCUUCGACGAGUACGAGUAUCUCUUACAGAUGUUCCCAGAAUCCUGGGCUAACAUUAUAAACCCUCCAGAAGAAUCUAGUUAA